ACUGAAUCCCCUGGAUUUUGGGAGGAGACUCCUGGGAAACUUUGAAGGACCAGGGGGAGUGGUAACGCUGCCAGCACUCAGGUUAGGGCGUGGGCGGGGAAUUCCACUCAAGAGUUUUCCGGGUAGUUUCUCAGAGGCUGCUUGAGGACAAGGAGGUGGCAAAACCUCAGCCACUUAAACACUCCAGAACCACCAGCAAUGGAAGAUGCAGCGUUGUCAAGUUCCAGGAACCCGGUGUCAGUCGGAGCUGUAGCCCUGGUGCAGAUGGAGCGGCUUCAGAUGUUUGCCUUCUCUGUGCACUGGUCGGAUGGCAGUGAUACCUUUGUUUGCAGAAGCUGGGAUGAGUUCAGGCAGCUCCAGAAAACCCUCAAGGAGAACUUUCCAGUGGAGGCAGGUCUGCUGAGGAGAUCUGAUCGCCUUCUCCCCAAGCUUCCAGAUGCACCCUUGCUUUCCCGUGGAGGGCGCACAGGUCGUGGUCUGGUGCGUCUGAGGCUGCUGAACACCUAUGUGCAGGAACUGCUAGCCAAUGUGAACCAAGUGUCAUGGAGCCCAGUGCUUACAAGCUUCUUUGAGCCUCGAAACCAGGACCUGGAAUCUGCACUGCCUCCCAGCAGCAUGGUGAUCCUGCCUGUCCCAGAGAAGCCCUCACCUCGCCCUGUGAACAGCCUUGAUAUCCACAGCCUAGAGAUUCAGAGCCUCUGUUGCGUGCAUCCUUUCCACACCCAGGACACACAGGGAAGGCCCUUCCAUGUGAAGGCCCAAGAAAGCCUGGAUGUACUGCUACGACACCCCUCAGGCUGGUGGCUGGUGGAGAAUGAAGGCCAGCAGAAGGCCUGGUUUCCAGCUCCCUAUCUGGAGGUGGCCCCAGAGGUGGGCUUGAUGCUGCAAAACAGUGGGACUGUGUUCUGUGCUUCCCGAGCCUACAAGGGCAGCCGUGCUGAUGAACUGUCAGUGCCAGCGGGAGCACGAGUGCAGGUCCUGGAAACUUCAGACCGUGGAUGGUGGCUGUGCAGGUACUGUGACCAGGAUGGUCUGCUGCCUUCAGUGCUGCUGCAACCUGAAGGGCUGGGUACAUUCUUGAGUGGGCCACCAAUCCCUGAUAGGGAGAAGAACAAGGCUACCACUGGUCCACCUCCUAUCCCUGCCCGCCCUCCACUGAGUGUCAUCCAGAGUCGCUGCUGUACCAUCACACGAAGGGCGCUGGCGUGCAACUCAGGGCCUCAGAACUCUCAGUGAAGAUAUGGACUCAUUCUGCAGAGAAGUUGGCUGCGCACCCCAACCCCACACCAAGCAGAAUGCUCAGGAUCUAGAUCCCUGGGAUGGCAGACAGCUGUAUCAUCCCCAGGGCUGGGACAGGAAUGGAUGAUGGUGGGAAAGAGAAUUGCUAUUUCCUUUGAGUAAAACUUCUGGAAGACUCCA